CCCUUUCUCUGGCCGCUUCCUGCUCUCCCAAUCACGUGAUGCUGAUGUCACACAGGAUGAGUCCAGGCACAGGAAGCAGACGCUGCAGUGAGCCCAGCUAGUAGGUUUGUGUUCUCUGAGGGGCGGGGGAAGAUGGAAUCGCUGCACCGGCUCCGGCAGUUUGAUGCCUAUCCCAAAACCUUGGAGGAUUUCAGGGUUAAAACAUGCGGAGGGGCAUUAGUUACAGUGAUCAGUGGCCUUAUCAUGCUGAUACUCUUCUUCUCAGAGCUCCAGUACUACCUCACGAAAGAAAUCUACCCAGAAUUGUUUGUAGAUAAAUCAAGAGGAGAUAAACUAAAGAUCAAUAUUGAUGUUAUCUUCCCACACAUGCCUUGUGCUUAUUUGAGCAUAGAUGCAAUGGAUGUUGCUGGGGAGCAGCAGCUCGACGUGGAGCACAAUCUGUUCAAACAGCGCCUGGAUAAAGACAAAAAGCCAGUUACGUCGGAGGCAGACAGACAUGAACUAGGUAAAUCGGAAGAACAUGUCGUAUUUGAUCCAAAAAGCUUAGACCCCAAUCGUUGUGAAAGUUGCUACGGAGCUGAAACCGAUGACUUCAGCUGCUGUAACACUUGUGAUGAUGUGCGGGAAGCUUACCGGAGGAGAGGCUGGGCAUUUAAGACCCCAGAUUCCAUAGAACAGUGUAAAAGAGAGGGCUUUAGCCAGAAGAUGCAGGAACAGAAGAACGAAGGGUGCCAAGUCUAUGGAUUUCUUGAAGUCAACAAGGUGGCUGGGAACUUUCACUUUGCCCCCGGAAAAAGUUUCCAGCAAUCUCACGUCCAUGUGCAUGCAGUCGAGAUACAUGACCUUCAGAGCUUUGGGCUUGACAAUAUAAAUAUGACGCAUGAAAUCAGGCAUCUCUCAUUUGGAAGGGAUUAUCCCGGUCUUGUAAACCCUCUGGAUGGGUCCAGCGUAGCAGCAAUGCAAUCCUCUAUGAUGUUCCAGUACUUUGUGAAAAUUGUGCCGACCGUUUAUGUUAAAGUCGAUGGAGAGGUUCUACGGACCAAUCAGUUUUCAGUUACCAGACAUGAGAAGAUGACUAACGGACUAAUAGGGGAUCAGGGUCUACCUGGGGUUUUUGUCCUCUAUGAGCUCUCACCGAUGAUGGUAAAACUCACGGAGAAGCACAGGUCGUUUACGCAUUUCUUAACUGGAGUAUGUGCUAUUAUAGGAGGCGUGUUUACAGUUGCAGGUCUCAUCGACUCCCUAGUUUAUUAUUCCACGCGUGCCAUCCAAAAGAAAAUUGAGCUGGGAAAAGCCACAUAAUGGAAGAAAAAUUGGAUCUUCAAGUGGGAGAGAGACUGCUUACUCUGCAUGGGUUCUCUGUGGAAAUUGGGAACGGGGAUAUUCAAAAUUUCAGGGAUGAAUGUGUGUGUGCGGUGGUCCGCAGGCUGGUAGCCCCUUUGUGAACAGAGAUGGUACCCUCAGCCUGGAAACUGAGAAACGCCUGGGAGGAACCUUUGGCGCCUAUGUGCGUAUAUUGUGCCACUGUCCUUUUGGAAAUAUUGAGCAGCCACGUCCUCCAAGUUACGUCUACGUCGUUUACAUUCCCCAUCAGGUAUGGGAGCUGGCAAAUAUAAAGUGGGGGGGGGGGAGCAGGGCACCAUAAUUAUAAGAAGCUUCCAACUUAUGCAGUUUUGCUUCAUGCCCAUAAUGCCUUGGGACAUUCACCAACACCAGGGAGUGAGUUCCUGCCGCACCAAGAUGGAGGAUGUGGAACUCAUGCCUAGGAGGACAUUCAGACCUUCCAGUAAUGGACAUC